AUGGACGAUGUUUUAAGGAAUUUUUCGGUUUCCGACGACGAUGUUUAUGAUUUUCAGAGUGAUUUCUACUUAGCUGAUGAUUUCAGCGUUAUUCCUAGCAAAAAAGUAAGCAAUAAGGCCAAAGUUCAACUCCAACCCGUUACUUCUGCUAUUCAGAAAUACUAUAGAUAUAUGAAUAUCCAUCAACUUGCUAACCUGUCAAGUUUACAAGCUAGCAGUAGCAUUAAUGCGGCAAGACAUAAGCUUCUUAACCAAUCCGCCAGGAAUUCUGAUAAGUCCUUAAGAGCAACCACAGAGCAAGUUUUAGAUGGGCGCACUCGCCUCAUAUUAUUUAAACUGUUGUCUAGAGGGCUUUUUUCUGAAAUCAACGGUUGUUUGAGUACUGGCAAAGAAGCUAACGUUUAUUACGCUAAAAAUGACAAACAAGAGUUCGCUGUAAAGAUUUAUAAGACUUCCAUUCUUAUUUUUAAAGAUAGAAAUCGUUACAUAGAUGGUGAAUUUAGAUUUAGAAAUGGUCAUACCUCAGGAAAUCCUAGAAAACUUGUGAAGUUAUGGGCAGAAAAGGAGUUACGUAACUACUUACGCUUGCAAAAAUCAGGGAUUCCGUCGCCAACGCCCGUGGAAUUAAGGCAGCACGUACUAGUUAUGUCAUUAGUAGGCAGUGACGGGAGAGCUGCUCCUCGCUUAAAAGAUGCCAAUAUUACUGAUGAUCGCGCUUGUGAAUUGUACUACCAGUGCGUUAAAGAUAUGCGGAGGCUGUAUACGGAAUGCCGUUUAGUUCACGGUGAUUUAAGUGAAUAUAAUUUACUGUAUUGGAAUAAAAUGCUGUACUUCAUUGACGUUUCGCAGGCUGUCGAGCACGACCACCCACGUGCGUUAGAAUUUCUACGGGUGGACUGCGCUAAUAUAACUGAUUUUUUUCGGAAGCGCAACGUUGGAGUAUUGCCCAUGCGUAAGCUCUUUGAUUUCAUAACUGACAUUUCUCUUAACGACGCGCAGAUCGACGCGUAUUUAGACAGCUUGCAAAGCACACUUUUUGUGGACACGUGUUUAAAAGAGGAAGAUAAAGUUGAUGAAGAAGUUUUUAAGAAAUCCUACAUACCUCGAACGCUGGACACUGCUUAUAACUUCGAGGAAGAUGUUUUUAAAAUUUUAAGAGGAGAAGAAACGGAUGUUAUGUAUCACAAAGUGCUUGGUUUAAAGGCUGACUUGACUGGCGCAGAGGAGGAUAUUGCUCCUGCUUGCACUACAAACACUGAAGCAGAAAACAGUAUUAAUAAAUCCAGCUGCUCGGAAGAAGGAAAUAGCAGCCUCUCCACCGACGAAGAAAAUUCUUUGAGAGGAAAUGGAGAAUGUGGUGCUGCUAAUAUUAUAAGCAAAGACAGAAUAGCGAAUAAGGAACGUAAGAAAAUGAUCAGAGAGAUUAACAGAGAGCGACGACUAAAGAAGAUACCUAAAAAAAUAAAGAAAAAAAAGUAUCAGCUUGCAAAGAAAUAAGUUAGUUAAAGGCAUUUAAAACUUUUUAUUUGAGUGUCACUCAGCAAUCCGUGCAUAGCGACUUUUAUUUAUCUUGAUCGAAACAAUUA